GGACGACCCUUCGACAACCCCGACCACUUCGACAACAAAUUCCUAGCCCGACCUCCCGGAGUCUGUCGACCGUGAGUUAUUGAUGCGCCCAUCUACCGUACCGGUGGAAUCUGCUUUACUGAGACCGUUGUUUUCGCAAUUUUCUAGGAAGCCUUCGCCAUGGCCGAUAUCGAUAUCAAGAUUGCUCAAUGGAAGCUCGUUGAGAUUGGCCGUGUGGUGCUGAUCCGUAGCGGUCCCUAUACCGGCAAGUUGGCUGCCAUCGUCGAGAUUAUCGACCACAGACGUGUCUUGGUUGACGGUCCUUCCACCGAGGAUAACAAGAUUGUCCCCCGUCAUGUUCUUCCUCUCGCCCACGCCACCCUCACCCACUUCGUCAUCCCCCAGCUUCCCCGUGCUGCCGGAACCGGCCCCGUUAAGAAGCUCUGGCAGAAGAACGAGAUCGACGGCAAGUGGGCUAAGAGCAGCAUCGCCCAGAAGACCGACCGUGCUGAGCGCCGCAAGAACCUUAACGACUUUGAGCGCUUCAAGGUCCUGCGCCUCCGGAAGCAGGCUCGCUUCGAGGUCCAGAAGGCUCACGCCAAGCUGAGGGCUGCUGCUCCUAAGUCGUAGAUGGUUUGCUUCAUGAGGCUCGGUGCAUAGUGGGAGGGGGUGCCUUUGGGACGGUUUUACAUUGCUGAGGGUUUAUUUGAUUUCAGCACAAAACACGCUGUACGCAUUAUCAUUGGCAGCAUAAAAUGAUUCGAGAACCUUGAUAUCCUGACAAGAGGUUACACUCGUACGUCACAGAAGAUGGCACACCUUUCUACUAGUAUUAAGGAGGCUCUGGGUUUACUUAUCUUGAUAUCAGCGGGCCAUGCCUUUUUAAUGGAAAUUGGGGAAUGAUCCACCAAAAAACCAGAAGGGAAAAAAAAACAAAAACAAACGUAAUUUUCAUGACCAAGCGCAUUUAUUUAAAUUAUGUUGUAUGUUGGGGCAAAUCUAGAAUUUAACUCAGGAUCGUGUUUGGUCGGGGAUAUAAAUUAUAUACGGUAAUGUAAAGUUCGAAGUUGGUAGGCCAGUUAGUUCGUAGUCGCUUGUGUGUUCGGCGUCUGGGGGUCGUGAGGGGACCCAAUAAGCUCGCUA